GGGCGGGCUGGCUGCGUCUUUGUUCAUGAGCCUAAGGGUCGCCUGGGCCCUUCAGUCGCGGCGCUACCCCGAGUGCACAUUGAUAUCAAGUCGGCACCAGAUGCCGGUAGGGGAAAUCAGGGAUCUGUGAAAGCCGCCCUCCACCAUGUCCACGACGCGUCCACGACAGGGAGGCUAGGCCUGGGUGAAAUCACAAUACUUCAACUGACUUGGUUCGGAUAACGGAGGUGAGCCUGACAGCUCUUUCGCAAAUCUUGACGCCUUCUUAUGUUUAGCUAAUUAGCUUCACCGCGGAGCGGUUUUGGGGGACACCACUUUCUCUUGCUGGCAUUCCGAACGUUUGGACUCCUUUGAGGAAGACUCACCCCACUCUGCGGUUCGCAAACAUUUCGUUUGCCUGCAGCAAUGGCGAGGCUUUUGUUUUAUUCACGACGUACUGCGUUGCCACUACAGAAUUCUUUCUGUACGUCCUGGAAUUCCGUAGCCAUUCAUUCGAGCAGUUCCAGAACAUUUUCCUCCGUUAUCAAUCAACUGUCCCGCGAAGGAGAGCCUAGAACGGCGAAACCAGGAUCAAGUUUGGUUUCUCUACGCUGUCCAGUGACCACACGCCACAGGCGCAGCAGUUCCUUCGCCCGCUGGACAACAUACUUCAACGACAGAAAUUCGCAGCACACAGCAGCGAGUGCAUUGACGAAACCUCAUUCAUUGCAAGGCGUGUUCAGACGAGGAUGUUCCUCCGCCGCAAGGUCCUCACAGAGACAAGAUGACAAGUCCAUCGGCGCUCGUAGCGUGCAGCUUGGUAGCGAUCAAGAUUGGAUUUUCCCCAGCAAUGGACUCCAGCAGUUAGCGGACUCGAACAACCUGAUGAACGAUGGUACGGCGUUGAGACAAGAACUGGCCGAGAAAGGGUAUUUGUUCAUACGAGGUCUUCAUGAUCGUCAGGCUGUACUCAACGCUAGACUGGCGGUGCUGGAGCACAUCGACAAGGUCAACGGCGAUGCGCUCGACUUGACCGAGCACGAACUGCGCGAGGGCGUUCUGGAUUCGCGCUGCGGCGCGGGCUGCGUACCGUUCAUGGAGGGUCGAAACUCUAUCACACACAGUGACGCAGUGUCCAACGUACUGGAGAGUGAGCGCGCUAAGACGUUCUUUUCGACGCUAUUCGGAGAGAGCGUCCGCACAUUCGAUUUCAAGUGGCUGCGUGGCAUACAUCGUGCAGGCUACACUGGGGCGCACGUUGACAAUGUCUACAUGUCGCGAGGGACCGACCGACUGCUGACCUGCUGGCAACCGCUGGGGGACACCCCUGUGGAGAUGGGUACGCUGGCUGUGUGCGAGGGAUCACACAGACUGCCUCAAUUCGCAACAUUUCAGGAGACGUACGGGAACUUCGACGUCGAGCUGGGCAAGCUGCAAGGCACUGGCUGGUUCACCGAAGACCCGAAGGAGAUUCUUGCCUUUGGCGGACAGUGGAAGACAUCCGACUUCCGGGCUGGAGACGCGCUCAUCUUCACGCUCAGAACCGUUCACAUGUCAACGGCCAAUCAGACGCACUUCGCACGCAUCAGCUGUGACACAAGGUGGCAACCGGCAGCUGAAUCAGCCGACCACCGUUACGUGGGAGAUAUUGUCGGCCACGCCGACGCCAAGUUUGGCGUACACGCAAAGGAGAAAGAAGCUGGGACGGGAGAGCAAGACGACCAGUUACGGACAGGCGUAACCAUGGCGUCACUUCGGCAAGCAUGGGGCAUAUGAUGCGAGCAAACUUUCUGAAUAAUGAAUAGUGAUACGAUGGAACGUUCCAGGAAAUAGGCACCAAAAUCCGAAGAAAAGCACAUCUACGCAUUUCUACCAGCUCAACAAUUUCAUUUUUUAUCUCCAAACCGACUGUGUUACCUUUGUCUGCAGUAGGGAGAAUACUAAAAUUGCCGGGAGUAGUAAAAUACCGGUAUUCUACUACUCCCUGAUUACAGGCAGCAUCUAACCGGUGCAGUAAUGGCGACGUGUCUUGGACUUUGAGACAGAUUUCCACGCAGGUAUCGUGAAAAGGAUAUCCGUAAAAUUACAAAGCAUUGGCUAAUUGAAGUCGGCUGGUGAGCCAAUGUAAUGAUGGUUAUAACUCGUAAUAUUUUGCCCUUCUCCUUUUAUAACCGUUACGUAAUUUUAAGGGAUUGGGAGAACUUCAAAUUAAAUUAUUUCAAAGGAUCAGUCACUCCCAUUGCCUAAUUACGCUACAUAAUUUGACAAUGUCCCCACACAGCUAGCUGUACGGACAGUGUUCAUCAUCAUCAUCAUCAUCAUCAUCAUCAUCAUCAUCAUCAUCGCAAACCCUUUCGCAGUUGCUGUGGCAACAAUGUAUUGUAUUGUAUUUAUUUAAAAGGAUUCUCCAAAAGCAAAUGGAUGCUUAUCACGGAAGUCUCCCACAUAAAUAUCGCAAGAAAAAUGGGGAAAUGGGGAGAGGAGAGUGGAAGAUGAAGCAUGGGAAGAAGGGAAACAAAUACCUAAAUAUUGAGGUAUAAAAGCAGGAAAGAAAUCGACGAGGGAAGAAAUCACCUCUGCAGAUAAUAGCGGGACAUUUCAUGUCACACCGGCACACCGUCCUUGUCUCUGUCCAGCGCUUGAUUUGUUUUAGCUGUUCUGCUCCAUUUACCUUUCUUGGCGCUGUCCGGGCGUCAGCUGACCGCUGGUCGUACUCUGUGUGGACAUUGACGAAUUCUUGUCUUUAUAGUCUACAUUGUUUUCCUGGCUCUGCACUUUGUUCUCUAAAAUCGCCCCCAUAAGCUAUAGUAACUGUUAUUGCACAUAUUGACAGCAGUACAUGAAACUUUUUUUAUUUUUUAUUAUUUAUUUUUUAUUGAAAAACCACAAACCUUCA